CCCCAGCACCUCCAGGACCUCCAGGACCUCCAGCACCCCCAGCACAUCCAGGACCUCCAGGACCUCCAGCACCUCCAGGACCUCCAGGACCUCCAGGAGCCCCAGCAUCUCCAGGACCUCCAGGACCUCCAGGACCUCCAGCACCUCCAGGACCUCCAGGACCUCCAGGACCUCCAUGGAACCGAGCGCGGAGUGAGCCGGGCCGAGGCCGAGGCCGGGGGACCGAGGGACCGAGGGGGCGAGGCGCGCCGCCGCCGCCAUGAACGACCGGUACCACCGGGCGGCCAGCGACGGUUACCUGGACGUCCUGCGGGAGGCCACGCGGAGGGAGCUGGACGCGCCGGACGAGGACGGGAUGACACCGACCCUGUGGGCCGCGUACCACGGCAACCUGGAGGCGCUGCGGCUCAUCGUGGGCCGGGGAGGUGACCCGGACAAGUGUGACAUCUGGGGGAACACGCCGCUCCACCUGGCGGCUGCCAACGGCCACCACAACUGCCUGUCCUUCCUGGUGGCGUUCGGUGCCAACGUGUGGUGUCUGGACAACGACUACCACACGCCGCUCGACAUGGCCGCCACCAAGGCCCACAUGGACUGCGUCCGCUACCUGGACUCCAUCGCUGCCAAGCAGAUCACCCUCAACCCGAAGCUGAUCGGCAAACUCAAGGACCGGGCCUUCCGUGCCGCGGAGUGCCGGAUCAAAGACUGCGCCAAGCUCCAGAGGAAGCACCGGGAACGCAUGGAGAGGAAGUUCAUGAAGGAGUCGGCGGCUUUGGACAACCUGGAUGCUAUUAGCUUUUCCAGCUACACCAGCAGCAGCACGCUGAGUCGCAAGUUCAACACCGUCACCUCCAACAUGCCAUACUCUCAGGCUACUCUGCAAUCCACAGCCAAGGGCAAGGCCAAGAUACAGAAGAAGCUGGAAAAGAAGAAGCAAGUUGAUGGAACGUUUAAGAUCUACGAGGACGGGAGGAAGAGUGUGCGCUCGCUGUCCGGCCUGCAGCUCAGCAACGACGUCAUGUUCCUCAAACAGGGCACCUUCGCCAACCCCAGGGAGCGCUCCCGCCUGAACAUACGAGACAUGUUCCCCCGUGACAACGACGACGACGACGCAGACGCCGUCUCCCGUGCCAUGAGCGACCCGGGCCUCCACGAGGCUGCGUACUCGGAGAUCAGCGCUGACUCCGGUCGCGAUUCCCUGUUCAACCGACCCGGGCUUGGCACCAUGGUGUUCAGGAGGAACUACCUGAGUGCGGGCAUGUUUGGCAUCGGGACACAAGAUGAGAGGAGCGUCGUAGGCAGUGAACCUGCGGGCCGGUCGCCAAACGUUCGUCUACGUGGGCGUCUGCCUCGGCGCUCGCCCAGUUUUGACGGGGACAGCAUUGGCAGCGUCUUGAGCCUGCAAGAAGGAAACAUGCAGGAGUUGCCUUGGGAGGAGGCGGACGUCGGGCUGGACGAGGACUUGGAUCCAGAGAGCAGUCCUCUCGAGACCUUUUUGGCCUCGCAGGGCCUCGGUGAGUUCAUGCCGAUCUUCAGGAGGGAGAAGAUCGACCUGCAGGCUCUGCUGCUUUGUUCCGACCAGGACCUCUCGGGCAUUCACAUCCCUUUGGGCCCCAGGAAAAAACUGCUGGACGCCUGCAAGAGACGCGUGGACGCGCUAGACGAACCAGAGGCCAUUGAGGACACUGAGCUUUGAAGCCUCAGCAUAGUCUGGGGAUCACAGACGUCGCAGAACAGAAGAGAGUGGAUGGCCUUUGUUCAUGUUGAAUUACUUCUACAGUGAGUUCAUUGCCUACAAUAUUUAUCUGCUAAUAAAAGAAGAAAAUGCUAAGUUUUGGCAAAUUACAAAAAAGCUGUAUCAGAAGGCCACAUUCUGUUUUGGUCACUCCUACUCUUAAACACUUUGAGCAAGCCUCUAGUGCAGCUCCACCCAAACUCCACCUGAGAAGAAAUCAAAUCAGCCAGAACAACUUUAAAAUACCUGUUUUUCAUAUGACGCUCCACCAGAUCGGUGGAGAUGUUUUCUGGAUAAACAGCACCACCGUGUGGCGUUUUUGUGAUACAACACAAUAUGGUUUCAGAGCUAAAGGCCUAAUUCUAUUCUUAGUAGCAUGACAUUAUUUUGUCUUUUUUAUAAUAAAGGUUAAAGUCACAGGGAAGUUUUUAUGCAUAUUUGUUGCUGUCUCCAUCUGCUGUCUUUACCUUCCCGUACUGUCAGUGAAGGCAGCACAGACUCCAGUGAAACCUGCCUGUUACUGUAACACCUGGGAAUCUGUACUGUACUUAUUAGUGAAUGUCCUUUAACAUCUUAAUAUGUUAUUGCUUAUGUCUCUGUUGUACAGUUUUACUACUUUAAAUGUGUUAUUUCAUUCGACUGUUCACGUGUGACGGAUGAAAAAAAGCCUCUAACCGACUGUUGCUCUGCAAACACUGUCGCAACAGUACGAACACCGAGGCGUUACUGCGAGGUCAUGGGAGCGUUUUUCUAGAUAACGCUGUUAUCUGGAGUUCCUGUUUGGUUUCACAGAAGGUUUGUCUGCACUUGAGAGUAUGGCUGUGCAUGAAUGUACAUUUUUAUGUUGUGGGGGGGAAAAAUCUGUUUUUGUAAAAAAAAAAUCCUGUAAAAAUGUCGCUUUUAAUAAAAUACAAAUUAUGU